AUGAAGGACAAUGUCAAUGGUGGCACAAAGCUAAUUCUUCUUCAUCCCUACAUCCAAAAACAAGGAAGUUCCAACAAUCUAUGGCUUCUAGCUUUCAUUUCAUUCUUCACUCUAGCAUCCCUUCUCACCCUCAUCUAUACUAGAGAAUCCAUCACCACAACCACCCACGCCGCUGCCUCGGCAGCCAUGGCCUCCGGCAAUCCUCCAAUAUCAAAAACUAUCGUUAAAGCUCUUGUCCACUACGCUUCAAACUCUAACGACACCAAUCACAUGUCACAGACAAAGAUCAAACAAAUCUCCGAGGUCCUCCGACAAUGCUUAUCUUCCAGUAACUUCCUUGUUUUCAGCCUUACACCCGAAACCCUUCUCUGGAAAGCCCUCAACGACAAUAGCCGUACUGUUUUCAUCGAUGAAAACUGGUAUUAUGCAGCGUAUGUGGAGGAAAAAUACCCAGAAAUUGAAGCCUAUGAUGUUCAAUACACAAACAAAAUGAGUGAAAUGAAGGAAGUUAUUGCAAUAGUGAGAGAACAAGUGCGCAAUGAAUGCAAGCCAGUGCAGAACCUAUUGUUUUCCGAGUAUAAGCUUGGGCUUAAUGACCUUCCAACCAAUUCUAUGAUGUGGAUUGGGAUAUUAUAUUGGUGGAUGGGCCAAGAGGGCACUGGCCUGAUGCGCCUGCCGGAUGUCGGCGAUUUUCACCGCCGACGUGCUGGCGAGGAGCAAGAAGGGUGGCAGAGAGUUUCUAGUAAGGAAUUCUUAUGCAAAGAGAAUUUGGUGAAGUCUAAAGAUUUUCUUGGGCAUUUUGUGGUGGAGAGAAUGGAUGUUCAGCAACAUGAAGAUCUGCUUAGGGAGAUACCAGCGUCAAGAUCUGCGAAGGGAGGCAAACGAUGGUUCAGCGUCUUCAGGGAGGCAAACGAUGGUUUAGCGUCUUCAGGGAGCAGAGUGACUGUUCAGCGAAUUCAGGGAGGUGAAGGAUGGUUCAUCGUCUUCAUAUUUGGUUGACUGAUUGUUCAGCUUCUUCAGGUAGGCGAAGGGGUUUGUUGGGGGAGGCGAGUGAUCGAGUCGCUAGGGUUUGUUGGGAGAAACUCGGGUUUUAUAUGGGUCAUUGUAGAUGAGGGCAUUUGGAUCUUUUUAUCAUAUAAUACCUCCAUGAAAUUUAUACCGAAAUAUUAUAUCACCGGGUAGGUGGUAUUCAAUAGCACCUUAUAGGAGGCAUUAUUUGCACUGUUCAUUCCGAGUCAGUGUUAUGACCCGAAAAAUAGUACCUACUAAAAAACGCAAAACAAACACGAUAUAACGUAGGGUCCACGUACUAUUUUACUUAUACCACCCUAUUAUACCACCCUUAUACCUCAAACAAACAGCC